UUCCAAAACAUUUUAUUAAUUAAUCGCAGGUAAAUGCAUGAUAAUUUUAAAAAAAUCAUGUUUUAGGAAUCUGAUUAAACCAAGAUAAUUAGCAGAUAUUCCGAUUGUGGCCCAUGCGUGAAUAUAUUUAGGUGAAAUAGAGAGUGUAGUCCUUUCAGAUGCAGACCCUGGUGUUUUGAAGUUUUUUUAGAGGGGCUGAUGAAAGCCUGGGUGUGUGUUUGAAGUGCGCAGAGCAGCUGGCUUUGUGUUUGUGGACUCCUCCCGUUAUGUGAUGAAGUUCAGAUGCGCGCCGUUGUUCCGUACGCGCGUCACCAGCGGACAGAGGAGCUUCCCGACGCCAGGGGAGAGGAUGGAGAGAUGUGUGGAUCACGACUACAGGAGGCUUUGAAUAUGACAUUAACACCUCGCUAAUUGAUACUCUCCUACUUUUACAGGAUAUUCUACCACAAUUUGCAGGAGCUGCUUUGAGAUCCAGCGCUGUCGUACGCGUCUGUCUUCCCCCCCACCCCCCAGUUGAACAGCUUCCUGGGCUGCGUGGACCGUAAACCUCGCCUCGGUCCCUCGCGGUCAUGUUAUAAUUUACUCGGACGAAUUUUUUUGGUUUGUUUUUAAAUUCAGGAAAUGUUGGCAUGGCCGCCUCAGGAGCACAGAGGUGUCCGAAGAGUGAGAAGUUGGACGAGGCGCAGGCUUUGGCCAAGAGCUGCGCGGGGAGACCAGACUUCCUGCCUUGUGAUGGACUCUCCAUCUGCGCUACGCACAGCCACGGGAAGUGCUUCAAACUGCACUGGUGCUGCCACUUGGGCUGGUGUCACUGCAAGUAUGUGUACCAACCCAUGACCAAUGUGUGCCAGCUGCCUAGCACAGCCGUGCCGCCUGUCGGGACAGAGUACAGUAACACCAUCGACCUGUCUGUCUCUCUGGCUGAGCGCUUCCUUAAGCUCGCCCCCUGCUUUAAGUCCCCGCCUCACCUGGAGUCGCCCAAGUACUGCGUCAUCGCAGACCUGUUUGUGGACGACUACAUCGUCAAACGCAUCAACGGAAAGAUGUGCUACGUGCAGCGUCCACUGCCUGCAUUACCCGAACCGCCUCAUGCUCCCACCCCUCCCCCACCUACUCCCGCUACACCUCAGAUGCCCCAAAAUGCCACUCAGCCUCGGCAAACAGUCAAGCCCACACCGCCAAUCCAACACGCACCUGCGCCGCCACCAGUCCAACAGGUGUACAUUGAGCACAAACACCCCUCCCCCUUGGACAAGAUAAAGGGCACCAAAAUGGACCACUGCUCCUCUCCGUCCAGCUCCGAGGACUCCGGCAUCAACGCGCUGGGUCUGCACUACCUGGAGUCCUGUGAGGAGGAGAGCGAGGAGGAGGAGGAUGACGAGUUGAGCACAGAUGGAAACUCCAGCCCCAGCAGCCUCUGGGAUCAGGACGACUGUUCUCUGCUCUCCCCCUCCAAGUCAAUGAUAGAGAUCAUCGAAAAGAUUGAAACAACUGUGUAGCUGACAAGGUGUUGAUAUGGACACUGACUAUGAGGGAGUGUGAUGCACGGAGCAACAUCAUAUUAGUGAGAACAACACUCCAGGAUGUGUUUUAGACGGAACAAUAGGAAACAAACCCCCUUCAAACACUUGAGCAGGGCUUUGUCGGGUUGUUUUGAGUCAAAUUUGUUUUCCUGCAGGUGGCUGAGGACUGUACACCUGCACUCACACGCAGCCUCUCCUCUGUUCACAUCCCCUGCAUGGAGUGAAUUUCUGCAACUUUUUACAACAAAGGAGAAAGCGGAAGCACAAGAAUAUCAAGCACAUGCACAGUGGACCAAAUGAUACAUGCUAAUUAUACCAUGAAAAAUCUAAAAUCCAGAAGGAAUCAUUAAAAGGUGCACUUCCGUAGGAGGAAAGUGAGAGAAAAAGUGAGACUUUUGUGUGAGAUUUCUCCGUAGGUAUAUAUUACUGGAGCUAAAUAAUGUGUGAAUAAAGGUGGUAUAAGUAGGUUUCUUGAUGAUAAUAAGCAGUUAGGUAAUUCUCAGUGUUCUCCAGUUGUCAAUCUGGCAGUCAGACUUUAUUCUAAUUCAACAUUCAAGUGGCAGAUAAGGCAUUUCUUGUUCUCUGGUCAGUGGCUCCACCCACAUAUAUUAGUAAUUCUGAAAUUUCAGCACAAUAACUACGAGGCCAGCUACCUCUCAUGGGCCUAAAGCACAGCAACCUUUAAACCUGUUAAUUACUCAGCUCCGAGCUGCUGAGACACACCUCCAUUUAUCAUGUUAAAAAGAUUUUUGGCUGUACUUCUCUGCACUUUAUUGACACCAACACAAGUGGUAGGUAGGUAUAGGUCAGUGUUUGACAAUCAAGGAUUACACAGAAGCACAUUCCUAUGCUGUACCUGCCAGUAAGGACCAAGGAUACUCUUAAUACUUUCUAAAAACAUUAAUCAGCACCAGACACCUUUUCUGGUCAAGCUGAACUGAACUGCAGUGCUGUUCAAGGUUAAAUGGAGCCUGAAGCAAAACAUGACUUGCAUUGACCUCUAUUAGAUUAAAUCCAAUAGAGGUCAAUGCAAUAGAGGUUAAAUUAAAUAGCAUUGACGUGUAUCUGGCAUAGAUAAGCCGUUUUCAUAUAUGAACUCAGGAAAGAGUUCAUUCCAGAGAAUCAGGUCUGGACAUUUUCAAAGUUGCCCUUUCACACAUGUAGCACACAUCAUGAAAUUGUCCGUGUCAUGUGACGCAUUUUCAUUUGUUGGAAAUACUCCGUUUGGUUUAGGCGAGGGGUGCAGAGGGCAGGACAUGAGUAUGACAGAAGAAUGCUGCAGUUGUAAUUCAGCAUUUUUAAGCUUUUCACCAGAAAUAAAACUGCUCUUAUUUGACGAGAAAUAACAGAAAGUCUUCUCACCCAUUAGCACUAGCUUCACAGCAGAGCAACCAGGCCCAGUCAAAAUAAUGCAGCUUAGCUGGCCUGUUGUGCUUAUUCAGCACUGGUCGCAUGUGUAAAAUAACGGCUGUGCAUGAGAGGGGAGUUAACUGCUGGAAAUCAAAGACGUAUUUAAGUUUAUGUUCUGCUUGUUCAACAGUUGUUGGAUAAAUUUCUUGUACUGUCUCCCUUACUGCCGGAUUUUGUUGCACUUACAGUAGCGAGCAGUUGUAGCCUUCUUGCUCCGGAGAAUUCACUGCUGUAUUCACACACGGGCUCAGUCGGACAUUACACAGACUUUGUACUAAGGAGCUGGCAGGGUAAAGUCCGUUUAAUGUCCGGUCCGAUUGAUUCGGACAUUCGAGUUCACACAUACAGCUCCUCUGGGUAACAUCUGGAAAAUUUCAGGUUGCAGUGCAUGUGUGAAAGGGGCUCUACAGUAGCCUGAACUUUACAUAAGUAGGAGUCACAUCGUCACAACAGAGACUAGUAAGACACCCAGUGAAGGGGGAAUAUAUCUAAUAUUUACGUAUAAACUUACAUUAUAAUAAAACAGCAUUAUUAUUUGCUUUUUCGGCUUCGGAGUGAAACGUCUUGUGAUGCCAGCUGAAAGGGGAGUCUUGGAAAGGUGUGCAGGCUAGGCUAGACUAGUGUGUCACAGUUACUUUGUGCUACGGGGGCAGUCAAAAUGUCACUUAAUGCACCUUUAAAGCGAGAUUACAGUACAGAAUAGGAUGCUGAAUACGUGUUGUGAUGUAUUGAUGGACAUAAUGUUAUAAGAAAUGCACUCAAAUAUGAAACGAAUAGGACAGCCCCUUAUUAGUCAGUUAGUAAAAUGAAGCUGGGCUACGUUAAAUAUCUUUUUUAGUCUUUUAAUUUUCUUUUUUAAUGUUUAAAGAGUUAUUUCCUGGAGAGUUAUGAACAAAAAUCACUCAAAUGUUCACAAAUAUGUAUUGCUACAAUGCUACAAACACUAGGUGUAAAAAAAAGGAAAAAAAGAGAAGAAAAAGUCAUUUUGCAUGAAGUCCCUCAUGUCAAAAAAUGAUUCAGUAACUAAAUUGUGAUUCAGAGUGUUCAAAGAGCAGAUACAUCCUAUAUCUGUUAUUCAAUAAAAUGUUUUCUAUUCAGGGACAACCCUUGACAUUACACACUGAACACAGUCCCUCUUAAUGAAGGUUAAAACAUCUCUUAUGUUCUUAUUAUUGUUAUAUUAUUUUCAUAUGAAUAAAUCUUAAUGAAACUCA